AUGUAUAUGGAGGGAGAUGUAGGGGACGCUUGUUUUCUUGCUUUCCUUCAUUUACCCUUUCUUUCUUUCAUUCAUCCUUUCCUUCAUCCAUUCGUUCAUUCAUUAACUAUUUCUUUCUUUCAUUCAUUAUUUCUUUGUUUCAUCAUUUCUUUCUUUCAUUCAUCCGUUCUUUCUUUCAUUCAUACUUUUUCAUUCAUUCUUUCUUUCUUUCGUUCAACUUUUCUUUCAUUCAUUCAUCCUUUCUUUCACUCAUUCAUCCUUUAUUUCAUUCAUUCAUUCAUUCAUCCUUUCUUUCAUUCAUUCAUCCUUUAUUUCAUUCAUUCAUUCAUCCUUUCUUUCAUUCAUUCAUUCAUCCUUUCUUUCAUUCAUUCAUUCAUUUUUCUUUCAUUCAUUCUUUCAUUCAUUCAUUCAUUUUCAUUCAUUCAUUCAUUCAUCCUUUCUUUCAUUCAUUCAUUCAUCCUUUCUUUCAUUCAUUCAUCCUUUCUUUCAUUCAUUCAUUCAUCCUUUCUUUCAUUCAUUCAUUCAUCCUUUCUUUCAUUCAUCCUUUCUUUCAUUCAUUCAUUCAUCCUUUCUUUCUUUCAUUCAUUCAUCCUUUCUUUCAUUCAUUCAUUUAUUCAUCCUUUCUUUCAUUCAUUCAUCUUUUCUUUCAUUCAUUCAUAUUUUCUUUCAUUCAUUCAUCUUUUCUUUCAUUCAUUCAUAUUUUCUUUCAUUCAUUCAUCCUUUCUUUCAUUCAUUCAUUCAUCCUUUCUUUUUUCAUUCAUUCAUUCAUUCAUCCUUUCUUUCAUUCAUUCAUUCAUUCAUCCUUUCUUUCAUUCAUUCAUUCAUUCAUUCAUUCAUUCAUCCUUUCUUUCAUUUUCAUUCAUUCAUUUUCAUCCUUUCUUUCUUUCAUUUUCCUUCAUUCCUUCAUCCUUUCUUUCAUUCUUUCAUUCAUUCAUUUUUCAUUUAUUCAUUCAUUCAUCCUUUCUUUCAUUCAUUUCUUUCAUUCAUUUUAACAUUUCUUUCCUUUCAUUCAUCCAUUCAUUCAUUUAUUCAUCCUUUCUUUCUUUCAUUCAUCCUUUCUUUCAUACAUUCAUUCUUUCUUUCAUUCAUCCUUUCUUUCUUUCAUCCUUUCUGUCUUUCAUCCUUUCUUUCAUUGAUCCCUCCUCUCUUUAUAUUCAUUCAUCAUAUCUUUCAGUCAUUCAUCCUUUCUUUCUUUCUUUCUUUCUUUCUUUCUUUCCUUCUUUCUUUCUUUCUUUUCUUUCAUUCAUUCAUUCAUCCUUUCUUUCAUUUUCAUCCCUCCUCCUUCCUCCCUAA